AUGGUAGAGGAAAAACAACAAGUGGAAUGGGGAAAUGAAAAGUUAAUCAAAGCACAAAAUGCUAUCGACAAAAAUCCAUAUGAUUUGGAUUCUUGGAACAUUUUAUUAAGAGAAUCAAUGGUGAGAUGGAUUGGAGAAAUGAGACCAUUUUAUGAACAGUUAAUAUUAGCAUUUCCAACCUGUGGAAGAUUUUGGAAAAUUUACAUAGAACAAGAGAUGAAAGGUCGAAAUUUUGAAAAAGUUGAAAAGUUAUUCCAAAGAUGUUUAAUAAAAAUAUUACACAUUGAUCUCUGGAGGCUUUAUCUUCAAUAUAAAAUGGCACAGGCGUACGAUUUUGCAUUAAAUAAAAUCGGUAUGGAUAUUCAUUCGUUUCCAAUCUGGCACGAUUAUGUUAACUUUUUAAAAUCCGUUGAAGCUUUAGGUUCAUACGCUGAAAAUCAAAAAAUCACAGCCGUUAGAAAGGUAUAUCAAAAAGCAGUCGUUAAUCCAAUGCUACAAAUAGAGCAAAUAUGGAAAGAUUAUAUGCUGUUCGAGCAAAAUAUUAAUCCUAUAAUAGCGGAGAGGAUGGCGAUGGAAAGGUCGAGGGAUUACAUGAAUUCAAGAAGAGUAUCAAAAGAGUUUGAAUUGACGACGAGGGGAAUUAAUAGAAACGCUCCAAGCGUUCCUCCAACCGGUCAUCCCGAAGAAGUUAAACAGGUUGAACUUUGGAAAAAAUACAUAACGUGGGAAAGAUCGAAUCCACUCAGGUCGGAAGACACGACGUUGGUGACGAGAAGAGUCAUGUUUGCUUUCGAACAGUGUUUGUUAUGUUUAGGUCAUCAUGCGGAUUUUUGGUACGAAGCAGCUCAAUUUUUAGAGCAAAGUUCGGCAGUUUUAACGGAAAAGGGAGACGUCAACGCCGUUAAAAUAUUUUCCGACGAAGCGGCCAACAUAUACGAAAGAGCGAUAACCGGAGUGCUAAGCAAAAACAUGUUACUUUAUUUUGCAUAUGCAGAUUUCGAAGAGGGUAGACACAAAUACGAAAAAGUACAUCAAAUUUAUUCGAAAUUUUUAGACAUACCCGAAAUCGAUCCGACAUUGGCUUACGUACAAUACAUGAAAUUUGCAAGGCGAGCCGAAGGUAUUAAAAGUGCUCGUAUGGUAUUUAAAAGAGCGAGAGAAGAUUCGAGAUCAAAUUAUCACAUAUUUGUAGCGUCUGCUCUAAUGGAAUACUAUUGUAGCAAAGAUAAAAAUAUCGCAUUUAGGAUAUUCGAAUUGGGAUUGAAAAAAUUUGGCGACAAUCCGGAUUACGUUCGGAGUUACAUCGAUUAUUUAUCUCAUUUAAACGAGGAUAAUAACACGCGGGUUUUAUUCGAAAGAAUUUUAUCAUCGGGUUCGUUAGACGCUGAAAAAUCCGUGGAUAUUUGGAAUAGGUUUUUAGAAUUCGAGUCAAAUAUAGGAGAUUUGACGUCGAUUGUAAAAGUUGAAAAAAGACGGUGUGCCGUACUACAGGGAAUAAAAGAAUUCGAGGGAAAGGAAACGGCACAAUUAGUUGAUAGAUAUAAAUUUUUGGAUUUGUACCCGUGUUCGGCGGCAGAACUCAAGUCCAUAGGUUACAAUGAAGUCGCGAAAACGACGAGAGCAUUCCAUUCGGCGGGUCAUCAUAAUUUCAUAAGAGAUUCAGACGAUCAGAGAGAACUUCUCGCGAGACCCGAUUUCUCUCAAAUGAUACCCUUCAAACCUAAAAUAAACGUUUUACCCGGGGAUCACGUGGUACCCGGUGGUACUUUUCCAAUGCCUCCGGCAGCAGUACACUUAUGUUCAAUCAUUCCACCAGCUACGAAAUUUAUCGGACCAUUCGUUCACGUCGAAUACCUCAUGGAAGUGUUUAAUAGGAUUCAGCUUCCGGACAAAGCUCAACCACCGAACGGAGAAAACAAUAGUUCAGAUAUUAAAUUGUUCGAUUUAGCAAAAUCGGUUCACUGGCUCGUUGAAGAUGGAGUACCUAGUUUUAUGAGAAAAAAGCGAAAAACCCAAAGAAACGAAGAUUCCGAUGAUGAAGAUUUUGUCGCACCACCUAAAAACGAUAUAUACAGACUACGUCAACAAAAAAGAACUAAAUAA